UCUUUGGAUUCUCCAACCGAGUUAUUCGUACACGCUCGGCACAACCAUAAUUUUCACGGUGAUAUUCAAAAGAAAACAUUCGCUAAUUACGAAGAGUUCGAGCAGAGUAGUGUGAAGGAAAGACUGGAGGUGCAAUACGCCACUGUUUGGAAUCGAAAGAACAGGCACGAGAGAACAGUGUUACCAGUUUUUUCAGAUUACAGAGCAACAACCAGUCAACGGCGUCUCUCAUUAAAGCGAAGACUCCGCAUGAGGGAGAAAGUAUAUCGUAGCUGCACCUCGUUUAUGAACGUAAAGACCGAUGUGACUGGUAUCACCAAUGUUGAAUUUUGUCUUGAACAUCUUGGACAUGGACAUAUGACGGAAUAUCGUGCAUAUGAAGAUGAGGAAAUAUCGUCCGAAUCACUGGGUACGACAGAUUCGCCAGGUAGAAUGGAGGAUUCUAUAGAAGAACCUGAUGAGGGAAUUGAACGAUUAUAUUGGACUGCAUCAGAAGACAUUCGCCACGUUAUUGGA